ACGUGUGUGACUUGCUAUUUAAAACGUUAUUUCAUGAUUAUUCAUCAAAACAAAUAACAAGUAUUUCACUUAAAGAUGUCCUCAAUUUAUUUGGGACGAAUCAAAUCAUUUCUUCCGUGGAAGGAGGAGGCAAUUUGCAGGAAAUGGCAAGUUACAUCAACAGUUGUCUUGGAAGCAGCAAAAAUAGGGUUGAAGGGCUGUUGUUACUGAAUGUUAUAGUUAAGCAGUGCACCACUGAUGUAUUUCAGCAGAAUGCCAGUACAUGGAUCAAACUUCUUAUACAGACUCUACAGGGUCAUUGUGCAGCAUCUGUUUAUAGUGCCACAUGCCAUGUUUUAAAGGAGAUCAUACAAUAUUCAAAAUCAUUUUCUGAUAUGUCAAGGGAGAUAACUACAACAGUCAUACCCCAACUGUUGCCAAUACUGAUUACUUCCCCUGAAGAGGUGACAGAGUCUGCUGUUUCAUGCAUUAAUGCAUGCAUCAAGAAUUAUCCAGGACCUGUAGGCCCAUUCAAGAAUAAACUGGACAGUUUUAUACUUCAAAAUCUAGACAGUAAUACAAACUGUAAGGCAGUAUACAGAUGCUAUGCCUUACUGUCCCAAUGUGGACCAGGUGGUACUGCCGGUAUCAAACAUACAGAGGCUUGGGCUUAUCAGUGCCAGAGAUUAAUGGGCAGUUUACAUUCAACUGUGGCAGAAUUAUAUGAUGGCUUAGAACCUGAAUUCAUGCAGAAAGGAAUAGAAAAUUCUGGUUUAGACCUGUCACCUAUAGGCCUCGACCAGAUAGACAGAGUUACUGCCCUUGUUCAUAGAUGGCAUACCUUGACAAGUUGCAUGGGGUACAUGUUAAAUGAAGAGAUGUUAUCUGUAGUGAAAGUUCCAGCAGAUGGUAUUCUACAGUUGAUCUUCAGAUGUCUCUCUAUAAAUGCAACCAUUCUGUUGCAAAGACCAACACAGGAAAGAUGUUUACUGGCUGGUUUUAUACCAGACAUACAUAUAGAUGCACUUGGUAUACUCCAUCAUUUGAUUCUCUUAUGUAGAAGGAAUCUAGUACCACAUUGUAUGAAUAUUGUCAGUGUAUUAUGCCAAGAACUUGUAUGGACACAGACUGGGAACAAUGGUUACAGUAAACAAUAUGGAGUCUUGAGACAGAAAGUGUAUGAAGUAUUUAGUACCUGGUUGAAAGCUCUUGAUGGUUGUUCUGGUAUCCUGUUAGAGGAAACAACUCUCGUUAAACAUUUACUUCAGGAUUGUGCCCCAUUUACAGACACACUCCAGAUGACAUCUGAGAAGGGUACUGUGGGAGAUGGUCCUUCAAAGAAGAAGAAGAGAAAAGGUUACCAGGAGAUAAGUCAGGGUAUUAGUACACAGAGAAAAGUUCACCCAUUAGCCAACAGUGACCUGGUUACAGCAGCACUAGAUACAUUAUACUGGUUCAUUACCACAUCAGGAAGUGAGAUGACAGGCAAAAAAUUGCAAGAGAUUGUGGAGUUUGUAAUUCAUACUUUGUUCUUGGUUCAGCAGAGUCGGGAUUCCCCUAUCCCGUACACUAGUAUCUAUUGCAGGAAGGGUCUAUACUCUGUCCUGCAGGCUUUAGUUUUAGCACCAAACCCAAAGGUCCCUUCCCCGGUACAGUGUGCGUUACAGCUGUUCAACACUGGUUUACUGGAUAAAUGCUUGGAGGUAUCGUCUUACUGUGUAGAAGCAAUGAGAGUUUGUGAGAGUUUAAUACAUGCCAGAGUUCCAUGUUUGAAUGGUCCAAUUGUGUGUGAUAACCUUAUACAUAUUGGAGGAGAUUUUUCACACUCUGCCAAAGGACAAUUUAAUCAAACUGACACAGCUCAAACAAAUGGACAUGACGAGAACGUAGGUAAAAAUACUUCAGAAAAUAAAGUUAAUAAUACUUUAGAAAAUAUGGACACACUUGAAAAUAUAAGUGUAGAUAGAACAUUAAAAAGAAGUAGACAGGCAGCAGAUUUGGAGAAUGAGGCAAGUGAAAAUAUUGACUCUAACAAGCUAUUAAAAACUGGGACUGUUGCAAGUAAAACCAGAGUUACUGAAGGAAGAAAUAGCAAUAUAGAUGAUAACAUUAAAGAAGUAGAGGUUAUAGACUCUGACUCUGAGAGUAAUACUGAUGAAGAUAAUGAUAACAGUGGAGAUGAUGAUGUUGAAAUGGUUGAAAAUAAGGAUAAAAAUAGUGGAAAAUGGAAGGGAAGUGGUAAAUCUAAAGACAGUGAAGUAGAAUUUACUGGGGAGAGUGGGGACAAGGUGGAUGAUACAAGUAAAGAAACAGUACAGAAUAGGAUAGAUGCAGCUGAAACUAAUGAUACAGUUGAAGAUAAAAAGAAAAAAUUAAAUGACAACAAGGAAAAUGAUGAUGAAGGUGAUAUUGUUAAUGACAAUAAGGAUAUACCAAAGGGUCAGGAUGUCAAGGAACCAGACAGUGAUGUCAUCAACAUGAUGUCAGCUUUCAUUGAUGCGGGUCCAGACUCUGACUGAUAUUAAAUCACUAUGUUAUAACUAUGAAAUGGUCAUUUGAAAUAAACAAACUGAACCACUUUUA